AAAGAAUAAUGCUGUUGUAGUUAAAAUAUAAUAUGCGUAUAACAUUUAUAUUCUAAGAAAAGAAAUAGCGUGUUUCCAGGGGGUGAUGCAACGGGAUUUUUCUGUGCUGAAACAGGUUUCAGAUGUCCGGACGGUUUUUCUACGGAAGUGACGUAUGGAACUUUCCGCAAUGACGUGGUGCAAUCUCACUUCCUCCAAAAACGUCACGGUUGCCUGGCAACUGGCUUUGCUUCUGAUCGAUUUUAAUCUUCUGCAAAGACGAUGAAGGCUCUCUAUCUUCUAGUAAUUUAAAAUAAAUUUUGCUCUAUAAAUUUACAAAAUGAAGCUAUUAAGUGUUAUUUAUGCAGUUAAAAUUAUAUUCUCAAUUCUUUAUUUGACUACUGCAAGACAAGUAAAACCAAAUGACGACGGCAGAAAAUAUCUACCUCUGCUAAUGCCAGAUGUUCAACCUGUUGUGAAAGAAACUUAUUUAUGUACAGCUUUUCGAAUGCCACAGACAGACUUUAAAUAUAUUGUUGAAUUCACUCCAAAUGCUUCAAUGCACGUGGCGCACCAUAUCCUUAUUUAUGGUUGUGAAAUUCCUGGUCGUUGGGAACGUGACACGCCUAGACUUGUCUGGGAGUGCGGUGAGAUGAGCGGAAGUAAGAAUAGUUACAUACAAGGACCAACAUGCAAUACAGGCUCUCAGAUAAUUUAUGCAUGGGCUAAAGAUGCUCCGCCCUUAUCUCUACCCGAUGGAGUUGCUUUCAAAGUUGGCAGAAAUACUGGAAUCAACUUUUUAGUUUUACAAGUUCACUAUGCCCACGUUGAAAAAUUUAUCAUGGGUGGAAAAGACAACUCUGGCAUAAUUCUUACAAUGUUACCAAGUACCACUGAUAAAGUUACGAAAGCAGCCGGUGUGUACGUACUGGGAACAGGUGGAGAAAUAAGAGCAGGCGAAGAAGAGCACUUCGAAACUGCAUGCAAAAUUAAUGAACCCCUGAAGCUACAUCCUUUUGCUUUCCGGACACACACUCAUGCAUUAGGUAAAGUUGUUUCCGGAUAUAAGAUUGACAAAGAAGGUAAAUGGCACUUUAUCGGGAAACAUGAUCCACAGGAACCUCAGAUGUUUUAUCCAGUAGAAGAUAAAAGUUUAACUAUUGAAUAUGGUGAUGUCGUUGCUGCCCGAUGUACUAUGUAUAAUUUUAGGGACAGAGACACUUAUAUUGGAUCCACUGGGGAAGAUGAGAUGUGCAAUUUUUACAUGAUGUACUAUGUUGAUGGAGAUAAACCUAUGGAAGAGAAAUACUGCUUCACAAGUGGACCACCAGUUUAUUAUUGGAGUCGAGAUUUUAAGGUUGGCUCUGUACCGAAAAAUAUUGAUUUGAGUGCGAGCACCAUUUAAAAUUUUAGUCAUAUUUUCCUGAAACGUGUACUUGAGAGUUUUUAUCUUAUAGAAUUGAUGUUUUAAGAUAUAUUAUUCAAAUACGUACUAAUUUUAUUUAUUUUAAGCAUAAACAUUUUUGAAAAAAACUUUUCUUGAAUAUAUUUUUAACACAAAUUCAGUGCCAAAACAGAUUUUAAAAGAGAAAUUGACCCUAAGUUAAAAAAAAACAAAAACAGUUUGAGUAACAGAAAUAGCACAAUGUGAUAUAAGUAUACAUACAUCUUAAAUUCUAAAUUGUCAUCUACAGUUUCAGAUGCAUAAUUUUAUAAUUAAUUUGCAAUAAAUUAGCUUUACUAUUACAGUGUCAAUGAAUCUAUAAAUAAGUUGAUGGUCCACAUAAAUGUUAUGUUGUGCAAUGAGUUGAAAGGAAAAUGUAUUUUUACUUUGUACAGUAAAAUGGCUUGAAAAGAAUGAAUAUAUUUUUGAAAA